AGUUCACCUGUGUUUUCGUUUGCUGUAAAUUUUGCACAGGUCAACUAAAAGUCAUUACCAUUUUGAAGAAAACAAAAGGGAAUCACCUCGUAUUUUUCUCUGCAUCUGUGUUCUCGCUCGGUGUCGCCGCCUCCUCGAUGCGACAAGGAUGGAGAGGGUUCUCUACGUGUUAGAAUUAGAUUUUGAGUUAUAUUUUUCUCCCAAUUAAUAUGACGCAUUUGGGUUUCAUCCGGAUCUCAGCAAUAAUCUUCGAUCUUCUCCGCCCAGAGGGACGUAUGGUGGGGUUAUUCCCUAGGUCAAAAACCUGGGAAGCAGCAGCAGCAUGCCAAGUGAAGAAGGUGGCUCCAUGCUUUGCUCUUUUGCAAUAUUUACGGGCUUCCACGUCCAGAAUUGAAAGCCGAUGGAGAAAAACUUAAAGAUCUAACACGUAGAGAACUCCUCUAGAUCCUUAGUUUCAUUACUAUACAAGUUUGAUCAUCAUCUUUAUCAUAUCGUUCAGAUUGUGGAAGUGGCUCGUACAAUAAGAUUUCAACAUUCACAUACAGUUGCUUAUGUCGACAGGGUUUUCUUAAGCUUCUUAAUGUCCCUAGCUUCCCAUGCUUCCAAGAAAGCGCAAUUGGAUUGGAUUGUGCAAGUCUUGGCAUCACCAUGGCAAAGAAGUCUGUAUUAGCUGUCAAUGGUAAUAGCCAAGUUCAUUCCACUAGUCAAACUGUUUCUUCUAGGAAGCUGAUGGUAGAGAAAGUAAAGUGCAGCUUAGUCCUUGAUCAUAUAACUUGCCCGGAGAAUGUUCCAUGGAGUCAGUGUUGCAAUAGCGUCUGCAAUAAUCAUCUGCGCAACGCUAAACGGGUCUUCGCGACCUACCGUAGUGGAAAGAAUCAGUGCGCAUGCCUUGGCAUAUAUGCAGGGGGUGCCUCAUGUCCAUGGCCUUCGCAGCAAGUUCCCUAGCAAAAUGAACUGAUAACAAAUGUCAACUGUAUGAGAAACAUAGUGUUGGAAUUCAAAACUACAUCAAGGCGGAGGUUUGAUCUUUUGUUCUCUUUGUGAUUACCCGGUUAAUUUGGUUUAUGAGGAAUUCAAUUCAGCAUAAUUCAAGCUCUUGGGAUGAGAUGGCAGCCUUUGAAAUGAUUCAAAGAAGAACUUUCAUUGGCUCUAUGGAAAGAUGGAGGGGAGUGGAGCCUUAAUGCUCUAACAUCUAAUCUUUCUUUGGAUUUUAUUACUUAAUUUUUAUAUUUGUGAAACUAGAAUUUUUGUAUGAAAAAACAACUUUUAUAUAAAAUUUGUUUAUGAGUUGGGGUACCUCUGUACCCUAUUUUAAAACAUUUUGAUUUAUAUAUAUAUAUUUAUAUAUAUAUAUAUAUAAAAAGCAAAAUGAACA